GGGAAAUCCCCUUCAAAUCGAGGACUAGAGAAACACAAAAAUCUAACUUGGAUCUUAUUUAGUCAUGGCAGCCGAAGGCAGAGAAAUGAAGACAGACGACCAACGACAAAGGCCAGUUCAGUUCCGUGGACUGAGCACUCAUUAUGUCGCGGGAGAGGACAUUCGCGUCGCAUUCCGUUACCCAACCUCUUCCUUUCUGCCUCACUCCGAGGACAAGGUCAAGUUGUAUGCCAGCAGAGCCAGAGAGAGAAGCGUGGCCAGCGCUUCAGUCGGAGACACCGCACAGCACCAUCUUUGCGACGGCGGCCUGUACAAGACGGGCUCAGUAACGAUGACUACGGGGCAGUUGAGCGGCCGUCGACCGGCGUCUUACGUCUUGCUCUACGGGAGCAGUCGACUGCGCAGUGUGGUGGGCAAGAGCGAGCCGUUCAUCAUCUGUCCACAAGAGAACUUUCCAAGUAUUCAGAUACGAACCCCGGAAGACAGUGCGUUUAUCGAGAAGCUUCGUUCCCACUCACCACUGGGAGGAGCAGAUGACGGGGAGCACAGUUUCAGUCUGGUGUCCGGAGGGUUGUCGGGAGAGUGGGAGGUUCUGGAGGAGGAGGAGGAGGAUUCGAGUGGGUCUGAGGCCUGGAGUGACAUUGGGGGAGAUUUGAAGUCAGGGGAAGAGAGCAGUGCUGAAUCAGAGCCACACAGUGGCAAUGGAGGAGUGGGGGGAAGGUUUGGAGUUGACCCCAGGAAGGGGAGAGAAGACGCUGAGAUUGCUCAGACGCCUAAAGUUGUCACCUUCUCAGAGGCAGUCACGCCUCCACCUGAACACCAGGUGGUUGAGUGUGGGUCAGAGCAUCCUCUGGAGAACGAGGGUCUGGGCAUGUUCAAGAGUGCCAACAGAGAACUGAGGACAAAGGUCCGCGUUCUCCAUGACAAGCUGCACAGUGCCUGCAGAGAGAGGGACUGCCUGCAAGAGACCCUGGAGAACAUGAGCACACAGCUUUCCUCACUGCAACUGGAGAAGUCAAAGCUAAAGUACAAGAACAAGAAGUUGGCUGAGGAAAAACAUGGUCUCAAAGCCAAAAACAAGGACUUGAUGAGAGAGAAUGCAGUUCUAACCCAGCACUGCCAGAGGCAAGUGGCUCAGAUGGGUGCCUAUGAAGCCCAGUUGAAGACACUGUCAGGAGAACAACUGUGGAGGAAGACUAGAGCAAGUCCACAGUCAGCACACCAGAAGGAGGCGCCAACCACCUCUGAUCCUGUAGCCACAUCAGCUAACACACAGAUUGGAAGUGUUUGGCAGAAACCAGUGAUAGAUGUGUUUGUGAGAGACAGUGAUAAAACAGGAGACAAGAAGUCUCAGAGAGCUGCCAAGAAAAGAAACCGAACAGACACUGUGAGUGUGACAUCAUCAUGUAAGCCACACAAGGAAGGUAUCGAAGGUGGGAGGACAGGUCAAGGUGUACAGAGAGGGGGGGUAUCCCUGUCGGAGGACCACAUCAUGUCAAUCAUGGACCAGUUGAAGGGAGGACAGCCGUCGUUCCAGUGUCCUGUCUGCAUGAAAGUACUCCAUUCCCACGAGACUGAGUUCUCUGCACAACUGCACAUCGAGCACUGUUUACAAUACACAUAGUUGCUUACCCAUGCCAGAUAAUCAUAAUGAGGGAAUUUUGACUGAACAUGACGUCAAUAAUGAAUAUGUGGCGGCUAUAUAUAGAAAUUUCAUACACGCUGCACUGCCACUGACGACGCGA